AUGCUGCCCUGCGAGCCGUACGCGCGCGGCUUCUCGGACUCGCCGGUGCGGUCGACGCCGCGCGCGCGCAUCAGCUCCGUGUCGUCGUCGCCCGGCGCGUCGCGCGGCCCGCCGCGGCGGUCGUCGAGCUGGGAGGCGCGCGCGGCCCGCGCGUCCAAGUCGCCGCUCAAGUCGAAGAGCAGCGCGCUCGACCUGCGCCGCGACUUCGACCUCGAGCUCAGCGACGACGAGGAGGACCUCGAGAUCGCGGCGGGCCACGACUCGCUGCUGAGCGCCGCGAGCCGGUCCCGCGGCACCGCGGGCGCGUCGACGACGAGCGGCGCCGGGCGCAUCGUGCGCUGGCUCGACGGCGUGGAGCCCGCCGCGCCCGCGGAGUCGCGCGCGGCGCGGCGGCGGCGGCGCUGGGCGUACCGCGCGCUGGCGGCGGGCUGCGCCGUGCUGUUGCUCCAGGGCGCCACGGUGGUCCACAUGCUCGCGGGCUACCACGGCGACGAGUGCGCCGCCGUGCCGCGGCGCCCGGCGCCCCGGCGGCCGCGGCUCGACCUCUACGGCAACGCGACCGCGCGGCGCCUCGAGUCGCGGCGGAAGCGCAAGGGCGCGCGCAACGGCACGUCGACGACGACGACGCGCGCCAAGAGCUUCCACGUGCGGCGGCCCGUGCGCCAGAGCGAUCUGGUGUUCUGGGGGACGCACAACUCGUACCACCGGCGGCCGCGGCGGUUCCACUUCCCCUACUGGAACGCGCUCAUCCCCCAGUGGCAGUACUCGCACCCGCGGCUCGCGCGCCAGCUCGACGCCGGCGCGCGGCACCUGGAAUUGGACGUCCACGUCGACAGCGCCACGCGGAAGGCGCUCGUGUACCACGUGCAGUCGCUCGACUCGCGGACGCGGUGCUACUGCCUCCGGGACUGCCUCGGGUCCCUCGUGGACUGGAGCCGGCGGCGAAGCGGCGACCACGGCCUCGUCGUCGUGCUCCUCGAGGUCAAGGGCACCAAGUCCUACGUCGAGGACGUCGCGUCGCACUUUCGGGGUCUGGGCGACGACCGCUACCCGGAGUCCAGGGACGCGCUCCGCGUCAUCGACGACACGAUCUUCGACGCCUUCGCGCCGACGCCGCACUCGCUGCUGACGCCCGACGACGUCGCGGGCGGCUACGCGUCGCCGGGCGCGUCCGUGCGCGACCGGGGCUGGCCGGCCGCGGACGCGCUCCGCGGCGCGUUCGCCUUCGCGCUCCUCGACUCGUCGCAGGAGGCGCAGCUCACGCGCGCCUACGACGCCUCGCGGCGGCCGAGGGCCAUGUUCACCAUGGGCUCGGCCGUCGUGGGCCGCGACGCGGCGGCGAUCUACAAGUACGACAACCCGAACAACCCGGACCACUUCGCGGCGAUCCAGGCCGCCGUGCGCGCGGGCUUCCUCGUGCGCACGCGGGCGAACACGGUCAAGUACGUGGCGAACUACGCGCGCUUCGCCAAGGCGCGCGAGAGCGGCGCGCAGCUCGUGAGCUUCGAAGCGGACGCGAAGUCGAACUGGCUCCGCUUCGUCGGGAACCCGGCGAGCCAGUGCGCCUGCGACGCGCUGGCGCUCGCCGGCUCCGACCGCCACUGCGACGACUCGAGCCCGCCCUGCACGUAG